GUGCAAAACGCUUUAGGAAUCACCCUGAGCGUGACUAAGCAGUAUCACUUCAUUCCAGUCUGCAUUGUUCUGUACGGUUAAUGUCGCACUGAUACAGUGAAAGAGUUAUAUUAUACUGCAGUCAUACUGUAUCUCAGGCGCCGUAGCUUGUAUUCUCUGUAUGCCGUUCUAUGCAAUCGUGUGUACCUGAACUGAAACUGUGUCGCUUUACCAGCACACACUUUUAAUUAACUACAAUUAAAUAUUAACUUUUUUUUUUUUUUUAAAUAACCCGUGGAGUCGCUUUUGACUGGACUGGAGAAGUGGCUCUUGUGUGACGGGUAGUUCCAGUCCAGUAUGGGAGCUCAGCUCUCUGUGGACCCCAGUGUCCACGUCGUGAUCGUGGGUGGAGGGUUUGCGGGGAUUGCAGCGGCCCGGCAGCUCAAGAGCCAGGGGGUCCCCUUCACCCUGCUGGACCUCAAGGACGCCUUCCAUCACAACGUAGGGGCGCUGCGGGCCUCAGUGCAGAGCGGGUUUGCUCGGAAGACUUUUAUACCCUACAUAGCCACGUUCGGAGAGAGUUUCAAGCAGGGCAGGGUGGUCAGGAUCGACCUGGAGACACAAACAGUGGUUCUGGAGGGAGGAGAGGAAUUGAAGUUCUCUCACCUCAUCCUGUCCACCGGCAGCGAGGGAGAUUUUCCAGGCAAAUUUAAUGAACCAGUUACCAUGGAAACAGCCAUCCAGCAGUAUGAAGACAUGGUGAAGGAGGUUCAAGCUGCAGAGAGGAUCGUGGUGGUCGGAGGGGGGUCUGCAGGAGUGGAGAUGGCUGCUGAGCUCAAAACAGACCAUCCCAGUAAGGAGGUGACUCUGAUCCACUCCCGCGUGGCCCUGGCUGAUGUGGAGUUGCUCCCGAGUGUGCGGCAGGGAGUGAAGGAGGGGCUUCUGCAGAAGGGGGUCCAGCUGCUGCUGAGUGAGAAAGUGAGUAACCUGGCUGAGCUCUCCAUCAACGUGACCCAGAAGGGCAUGAAGGUGUUGACGGACAAGGGGUCGGAGGUCACGGCUGACCUCGUUAUCCGCUGUACAGGGAUCCGGGUGAACUCUGCAGCGUACAGCUCUGUGCUGGGGGACAGGCUGGCGGAGAACGGCGCACUGAGGGUCAACGCUCACCUGCAGGUGGAGGGGCUCCAGAACGUCUACGCCAUCGGAGACUGCGCCCACCUGCAGGAGCCCAAGAUGGCAUACCACGCAGGACUGCAUGGGGCCGUGGCAGCUGAAAACAUCAUCAACACCCUGAGAAACAAGCCACUGCGCUCCUACACACCCGGCUGUCUGAACAUGCUGGUGACUCUGGGCCGGGACGAUGGCAUCGGUCAGAUCAACGGCUACAAGGUGGGCAGCCUGGUGGUCAGGAUGGCAAAAAGCAAGGACCUGUUUGCUGGGAAGAGCUGGAAAGAAAUGGGACAGCCCAUUCCACAGUGAACUGGGACCAGUACCACACCUGGGAAUGGAGCAGCCUGCUCCCUGUAGAGUGUUUUUUUUCUUUUAUAUACAUAAACGAAAUAAAACGUUUGAUAUUCA